UUUUCACUCAUGGCUUGAGCUGCGUUGUCUGGGGGAAAUGUAACAACAAAGGCAGAAAUUCUUUUUCUUCACAAAAUUUAUUGUGAUGAUAACCGAUAGUGCUGCAUUAGGAUUAAUUAAGAUUGCAGACAAUUUGACAAAAUAACCGAAUAUUCCCUGAAGACAUGUGACUGAGGAUGACUGUGCUGAAUUUUUGUUCCUCUUUCACCAAAAGGAAGUUUUAUUCCAUCAAAUACUGAGCAAAAUCAAUAAUUAUGUUUGGAGUGUUUUUUUUCAUUUUAUUCACCCCUGGAGUCAGUGAACUUCUUUGUACAUCGUCAGAUCUAGAAAUGUCAUAUAUUUUUUGUGAUUCUACAGCUCAUGCUUUCAUGUUUAAUCUGACACCUUGCAGCGUCAUGAACAAAUCUGUCUGGAAGGCUGCUCUUACCUGGAUUCCAAGAAGCGACAUCACCUUUUUGAAGAUUGUCUUCAAAGUCUGGUAUGAAGGUGCCAAUGCGUUGCAAUGGAAGGAAGUCCUUUGCAGUGGAGCUGACGACGAAUACUCAGUGUGUGGAACGCUGAAAGGAGAAACAUUUGCAACAGCAUUUGACAUUAAAGGUUCAAGAAUACAGUUUCCAAAGGGCAAUUAUAACAUUCUUUUACAAGGAUUCUCUGAUGAUUCUGACAAUAAUAUGGUCAUCUGCUUGAAUUUCACCAUGAUAGUAAAAAAAGACACUUUCUGAAUGUGACAAACGUUUCAAAUAAUUCCAGAAUACAGAGGUCACUUCUACAAGCAACUGGAAUCCGAGCUGUGAAAUAAUAAGCACACUAAUUUUCCUGGGGUAGAAUACAUCAUGUACUGUCUGGAAAGCUACAUGAUGGAUCGUCUUAUCCAUUUAUAGCACUGCUGUAAUCAGAUGCUCAGCCAAUGUGCACAAAAUCUCUGGGAAUCAGGCAUCCUGAUUAAUCCACAGACUAACCCUGACUGGAUGUCAGGCUGAGGACAUUAUUUUGGUUCUGUGCCUUGAGUUAUGACAAACCAAAGUCCUUCAGACUGCACUAAACUACCACAAGAAGUUUUGAAGUGCAAGAAUCAGAAGUUCGCCAGUACUCAAUUUCAAAUAAAACUGCCAUUGAAUCUGGGAA